AAUCGUCUGACCAUGCAGGUGGAGAUGCGAGACGGAGACUUAGCUCGCUUCCACAACCCCAGAGCGCGUAUUCCCGGGGGCGGAGCGACCGACCGACUAUCCCCCAGACUCGAGGGACGGCCAUGCGUCAUUGCACUGCAUUUCCGUUGCGUGCCGGUUCAGAGAACUGCACCCCGACUUGUUGGAGUACAUUCGUCCGUGCUUAUUGGAGAGGUUUUCUAUAAAGGGGGGACUGCCACGCGAGGGAUUGAUCAUCUUUCACCGACUCAUCGACUCACCACCUGCCAGUACCCAGCCUUUGUUGACGCUUUUUUGCCCGCUAUGAAAGACCACCAUGAUGCGUCCUCUUCGUUGGAGGUUGAGGAUGUUGAGGGCAAGGUUGGCGUUUCUCACUCUACGGUCCCUGGCUAUGUCCCGGAUACCGAAGAGGAGAAGAAGCUCGUUCGGAAGAUUGACCUGUACAUCCUUCCGAUGAUGUGGGUCAUGUACCUCCUCAGUUACAUGGACCGAACCAACAUCGGCAACGCCCGAGUCGCCGGCAUGGACGUGGACCUAGACCUCGACUCAAACCGCUACUCCAUCGCCCUCGUCGUCUUCUUCAUCGGCUACGUCGUCUUCGAAGUCCCCUCCAACAUGCUCCUCGCCCGAAUCAGGCCUAGCAUUUAUCUUCCGUCCAUCAUGUUCGCCUGGGGUGUUGUCACCAUCGGAAUGGCAUUCGUCAAGGACUAUAAAGGACUGAUUGGGUUCCGUGUGGCUAUGGGUAUCCUCGAGGCGGGGUUCGCGCCUGGUAUGCUGCUUCUUCUGAACUCGUGGUAUAAAAAGGCGGAGCAGAGUAAGCGGUUUGCGGUGUAUAUCUCUGCGGCUAUUCUGUCUGGUGCUUUUGGUGGGUUGAUUGCUGGUGGGAUUGUUGGGGGGUUGGAUGGGGCCCAUGGGAUGGCGGGGUGGAGGUGGUUGUUCAUCGUCGAAGGGGCGGCAACAGCUGGUGUUUCAAUCAUUGCCAGCUUCGUCCUUCCCGACUUCCCGUCCUCGACGAGCAAGCUCAAUGAGCGCGAGCGAGAACUUGCCGUCGCCCGCAUGGCCGCAGACUCCCUCUCCACCGCAACCGACGACGACCCGAACAUGACCCACCUCCAAGCUCUUAAACUCAGUCUCAGCGUCUGGAAGACCUGGCUCUUUGUCGUCGGAUACAUGGCAAUCGUCGGCUCCUCAACCCUCUCCUACUUCUACCCAACCCUCGUCCAAGGCCUCGGCUACACAGGAAACAUGGCCCAGUACAUGGUCAUCCCCAUCUACGCCGUCGCCUUUGUCUGCACUGCGAUGACUGGCUACAUCGCCGAUAAACAGCAACACCUUCGCGGAUACUACCUCGCGGCCUGGAUGACCGUCGCCAUGGUCUGCGCGGUCAUCACCUGCGCAGUCUACGACCUCAAGGGCCGGUACGCACUGCUGGUCAUCAUGGCGUCGGGACUCUGGGCGUCGAACGGGUUAUCUCUAUCCUAUGCGUCGAUUAACUUCGCCGAGAUGCCCCGCGAGGCGCGGGCGAUUUCGCUGGCGCUGGUGAAUGCCAUGGGGAACCUCGCGCAGAUCUACGGCGCGUAUCUGUUUCCGGAUGACGAUAAGCCGAAAUAUCUCAUGGGAUUUGGGGUUAUUUCUGGGCUGUGCUUUACGGGGGUUGUUUCGUAUCUCGCGUUGCAGCUUUUGUUGAAGCCGAGUUCGCGACGGAUUUAG